UUCUACGCUUUACCUCACUGGACCACCACCUCACACCACGCACAGUCACGUGCUACAUCCGCAUUUGUGCCUUAGGAGCCUUAGAGCAGAAAUAUUUCCGAGUCUUUGUUCCUUUUAGGCUUAGCGUAGAGUUUGGCCUGUACGGUGAUGUAGAGUACAACAGUGCGCAGUAUCAGAAAUUCGCCUCGCUGUAAUGAAUAGGUAUUUUUUUACUAUGUAGUAUACUGUAAUAUAGAUAUAUAAACCCUGCCUUUAAAACUGGCCACUCCUUAACUCUUUAAUCCCCUCACCCCUUCGCGUUGUUUCGCGUUCUUUCCACAUACGAUCUAUCACGUUUGCUGGCUGCUGGGGCCCGUUUCUGAGGCUCAGGCGAGACGGGAACCUUGGCUCUUCCCUCUCUCUACCUAACUUUACCAGUACUUACCUGAUUCUUUCAUCAACCCCUACGCGAACAUCUUCGUAACUCUUUAUUCCACAACCACAUCCUUUCCCCGAAAUACAACAACCUUCCUGACAGUGUAAACCAAAACCCACUUUGCCUGUCAAUACACACAACCUCAUACCAUGUUUGAGGUACAAUCAAGACCAUCUGCGCCGCGAGGCAGAGGCGCUUCGCGCGGUGGCAGGGCCGGUUUUGGCUCGAGAGGCGGCGGCGGUCGUGGUGGAAGAAGUCACGCAACCAACGGCGACUGGCCAGACAGCGCAUCAGCGCCAUCAAUUGAAGGUGAUGCAGGCGUCGGUCUGUUGAAGAAGCAGUACGGUACCAAGGUCGCCACCAUCAAGGAGAUGUACCCAGACUGGACAGAUGAGGAUGUUGUGUUUGCUCUGCAAGAGACCGGUGGCGAUCUAGAGCUUGCAGUAGAGAGGAUUACUGAUGGCACGAUCACACAGUGGGGAGAGGUAUCGAAGGCCAAGAAGGACCGAUCGAAGUCCAAGGUCAAGGAGACUGCCGCGAACAUCCACACCGACUCUGGCAAUUCGCCACGCGCUGCACGAAGCGGCGCGGAUAGUGGACGUGGUGGUCGUGGGCGAGGCAGCAGCGAUCGUGCUCGUGGUGGGAGAGGUCGCGGUGCCGCAACCGUCCAGACAAAUGGCACACACACAAAGCCAUCGGCUCCUCUUUCGGUUCCAACUGACCAGUCGGUUGUCUGGAACGCUUCGACCAAGGAGGCUCCAUCGGACGAUACCAAGCCCGAGGAAUCGUGGGGAGGCGCAGCUGACAUCGCGAAGGCCGUUGUAUCGACCGUGGUCCCGGAUGGAAAGAGGACCUGGGCGAGCAUGUUCAAGGCUGAGCCCGCGCCAAAGCCAGUGGAGAAGAAGGCCCCAGCAGAGGUUCCAGAGAAGGCUGCACCCGAAGCACCAGUUGAGCCCGAAGCUACCGAAGAAACACCCAAGGCUGAAGUGGCCGAACCAGCGGUAGCGGCCAAAGAGACUGUUCAAGAGGAGGCACCGGCAGCUGAGGCUCCACCGGCCGAGGCAGAUGCUGCCCUUCCACCAUCUAUGGACGAACUUACGGAGACAAACUUGGAGCAAGUCUUGGAUGAAUCGGGACCUGCACCAUCUGCAACGGUUGCGAGCACUGCUGCUAGCUCAUGGGAUCCUCGCAGCGGAGCCACAAGCGGAACACCAUACUCGGGUCUCCAGGGGAAACCCGCUGCUGCACGCCCAACAACCAGCGGCUUUGCGGCUUCGGCUAUGAAGGCUACUGGCCCGUCACCACGCGUCGCAAGCUACCAGCGUCGCGUUCUCGACCAGGAAGAAGCUGUCCGUAUGCCAGGCAACCGCGAGGUUGACCGCGCCGCGGUUCAAUUCGGCGCAUUUAGCUUGGGAGGUGCAGGCGAGGAAGAUGUUGACGGCGACCGUGAGGAGCCAGAGACACGUGCCCAGCCUCCCCAGCACUCCCCGAUUGCCCACCCAAGGGCUUCUCUGCCACCCGCACCCGCACAGGCAGCUGCCGAAGGUCUCCCAACCGCAAAGGAACCUUUAGGCCUCCCUUCUGCACCACACCCAGUUGCCGCGCCUGGUCUCCCUACGCCCCUCCCGGGCGCACAGUCCAUGUCUCAACAGGGCUCCCAAGGCGGCCAAUACCCACAGUAUGGCCGUUACGGGCAACCUGCCGGACAGGAGCAAUCCGCGUUUGGCCAGAAGCCAUAUGACCCAUUCAGCCACCAAGUCCCAGCCACUGCAAGCCAGUACGAAGGCUACCCCAACCAGCCAAACCAGGCACAAACCCAGCCCCAGGCUGGUGCCUUCUCAUCUGCCCCUACCGAUUACUCGCAAUACUACACCGCAGACCAGCAACGCUAUCAAAACUACUACGGCCAGCAGUACGGCCAGCAGCAGAAUGCGCAGGCCCAGGAAGGCCCAUCCACCCAGCAGCGUGCUUUCAGCGGAUACAAUCCUCCCCCGACCGACACCGCCUCUCCUUUCCCCCUAUCUUCUGCCCAGCAGACACAGUCCAGAUAUGCCACGGCUGGUGAGGCCCAAACCAGUGGACACACUACUCCCAACCCAGUUGUGCAGGCCCAGCAGGCUGCUCAGACUACUCAAGCUCAGCAGGCUCAUCCUUCCCAGCCGCAGGGACAGCCAGGUGCUCAGUACCCAUAUGGAAACCCAUACUACUCUAGCCCCUAUUACGCUGCAUACAUGACCAACUACCAGCAAGGCUACGGACAGGGCAGCUAUGGUGCCGGCCCAUACGGCGGAAAGGGUGGCAUGUACAACCAGCCCCACCAGUACGGCAUGUCUCCUCAGGCCCCGUACGACCACGCGUCAUCUCCUGCCGCUGCCGGAGCCUUCUCCCAGUCGUCGCUUCACGGCCGUGACAGCGCUGUCGGAGGCGGCCUUAACGAGUAUGGCCGUGGUGGCUCCCAGCAGUCCCAGGCAGCCCAGCCUCUCGGUGCUAGCGGCGGCUUUGAUGCCUUCGGAAGAAACUCCUCUUACCAGGGCCAAGGUCAGCAAUACGGACAGGGCAGCCAGCAGGGCGCCGGUGACGACCUGAAGUCGUUCGGAGACGCGAAAUCGGGCAAUGGCCCCGCUCCUUCGACCGCGCAGGCCGCCCGCCCCGGAUCAGCUGCCAACACUGCACCGGGCCAGUCCACUCUGCCACCCCCGCAGUCCUCGCAGCAGAGCUACGGUGGAUAUCCUAGCCACCUGCAGCAGCAGCAGCACACCGCACACGGCGCCCAGACCGGCAGCCAGUACGGCGCUCUUGGCGGGCUCGGCGCUCACCAGGCUGCAGGCCAGGGCCACCAGAGCAGCCAGUACGGCGGCGCCGGCGGCUAUGGCCAGGGCCAGGGGCAGGGCUUCACCGGUAGCUACUAUGGCAACAACCAGCAGCAGCGCGGCGGCUGGGGCAACAACUACCAACAUUAGGUGACCAUCACCUACCUUCGAUCUAGGAAGCUAUUGAAAGUUUCGGGCGCGGCUUCCAACGCAACACAUUUACGUUGGAUCCCGUGUUCCUGAUUUCAGCGGUCCACUCCAGAUCUGUGUGUAUUACCAUCAAAUGUUAUCUUUUCCGCUUUUUUCCAAAGAGUUAUUUGUUCCCCAAUCGUUCCGGGUUUUAUGGCAAUAAAGGGGACGUACCCCAAACCACCUCCGCUUUUUGUUUUCCAACGUCGCGCGCGCGCACGCGCAGAAAGGACGCCGCCUAUGAAGCAAACCAUCAAAAAUCUGUAAUUUUGUUACUACUAGUACCAACGUCCAUCACGAAAAUGCCAGCUCCCGGAAGGAACUUCCCUCCAGAGACUUUGUUUUCUUGAAGAUAAUUUGCGCUGGAACCUCUCUACUUCGCUCUGGACCCCCCUCGUUCGGCUCCCGCCUGAAAAAAAAUCUUUCGCGCUCGCUCUUCCUCCCUCCCCUAGGGACGUCGAUCUUUUGCUCUCCUCCGCCGCACGGGUUUUUGCGGUUUUUUGUCUUCGUCUUCUUCUUCUUCGGAUGUUAUUUUGCUCUCGCGCACUUUGUCCUUCAGACAACGAAAUUUGUGUCUCGCGCACACCGGUAAUUUUGUUUCGCUGGAUGCUGGAUGGGACUUCCGGGAAAGGGAAGGGGGGGGGGUAAAAAUCUGCGUUUUGCUUUUGGGGAAUGGCAGGGGCAAAGGGGAGAGACCAUCGUUUUUCUGUGGUGUGGGUGGAGUUGCAGAUUUUUUUUUUGAAGGGGGGAGAGUUUAGUUGGCGGUUAUGAGCAAUGGACUGGGUGAUCUGAUGGAUUUUGACUUCUGGCUUUCUGAUUAUGUGACUGCGACUGACUAUGUGACUGUAAAGGAUUAUAGAGUGUCUACGGUGUGUUGUAAUCGAAUGCUAUCGGUAUUGUAACACGAUACAGAGAAGCUGGAGAGGCUCCCUGUAACUAGUGAUACGCCCCUUAGCAACGUCGUACUGGUAGUCAACUAAGCCGUGUCCCUCAUUUGCAUCACACACUCAAAUCAGCCCUGUCGGCAUCACAUGAAUGAGCCAUUAACCAACCAAUCCUUGCGAUGGCAGUGGGAAGGCCGUAGAUAAGGUACUAACUACCAAGUCCAUCAACGUAAUCCAAUAGCCAUCCCGAUGCUCCAACAAGCCUCAGUCAAACGCCUAGGUAUAACGCCUGCAGUAGCGUCGGAAAACACGUUGCAGUAGCGUCGUAAAAGCAUGCGCCGAAGGGGUUCAUCCUUGGCGAGGACGACCAUGCGUCGAGAAAGGUCGCCAAUAUAUCUCGCAGCUAUUGUGACUUGGCAUCCUUGAAGAAUGUCGUUUUAUUGUCCAAGGUGUAUUCUGAGAACAUGGGAUUGUGUUGAAUCUAGGCAACGCGAACCGAACUGCAUAUACAUCUAUAUUAAAGACUCCCUGGGAUCAAGGUCAAGCAGGACAACUUCCAGUCCAGUGGAGCAAAAUCCCUCGUACCAUUACCUGCUUGAGCUCGAGUUCAGCCCGAGAACUCGGGAGCAGAAGGUUUCCGUAUGGGGCCAAUGAUAUUACACCGAAAACUGAUCCGUAAUGGUUCAGGGGUUAACUGCUGGCAGCUUAUCACCCGUAAUCCCCGAGCGGGCUUCAGUUGCUUUAGUUGCUUCCGAUGUUGGUACAGUACGGUACGGUACGGCGCCAUAAGUUUCCGUACGGGUGGGUCUGUGCACGAAUUGCGUAAAUGAC